ACGGGACUCGACUUCGAAUGCAAGUGAUGCAAUUCUGUUUCCGUGUUGGUCGUACAAGUUCGCUGAUAAGAUAGGGAUUGGUCGUGCAAAGAGGGAACUUGCAUCAUGUGCAUGCUGUGAUAUAAGACUUGUGCCCCCCAUCUCCCGUUAUAAGCACUUACUUGGUGUAAGCUGUGAUAUCAGAGGUUUUGAUCACAUCAACAAACACCGAACAUGGACUCGAUAAUCACCAACCACACAACCGCCCCUUCAGGGUCCGGAACCGACACAUCCAAACUCAACCAACUCCUCGACACUCUGCACUCGUACCGUCCAACCCCGCAACAAAACCUCUACCUCAUCGCCUUCCUUUUCCCCUCCAUCUUGCUCUACCUCAUCAACAACCGCUACCAGAAACAAAAACAACGACAAAAACACCUUUCCCUUUCUUCCAAGCCCACCACCACCUCCACAGAAAAACAACAAGUCCUCAAAGACCGCCGCGAACCGGGUAAAUGGCCUCCCUCCUCUUACGUCUUCCCCACCCCGCCUCCCUACCCCGACUGGUCCCUCACAGAAACCAAAGCGCUCCCCUACCGCCCCUUCCGCUACGGCCCCGUCUACCACACCACCAUGGGCCUGCGCACCGUGCAGCCGGAAAACUGGAUCGAGCUGGAUAACCAGUACCCCAAGUACCACUCGGAUAAAGCAGCCAGGAUUGCGGAGAGGGGGGAUAAAGUUAUCAUGGUUGCGCCUGAGGCUGCGGAGGCGGCUGUGGAACUUCUGCAAGAGUUGGUCGAGUAUUUACCGGAGCGGUAUCCGAGUUUGUUUCGCCGGACGGAAAAGGGGGGGAUCGAUAACCUCUGGUCUGGGGAAUCGUUUGAUGAUAUUUCUGGGUUAACUGGCACAGGCGAGAAGGCGGUAGAAGAGGGUCGCAAAGUGAUGGAGAUCGCCGCCCGUUUAAUCCAAGAUGAUCUUGCCUUGAUGGUGGAACGGCCAGACGACCAGUACUACCUCCUCGCCGGCGCGGUGUUAUUGCCAGGUUUCUGGCGCCUGACGGACAAAUUCGGCAUGUCGCUGGCGGAACUGCACACUUCGGGGGACGUGCCGCAGUACAAGGAGAAGCUGCACAAGGGCAUGUAUAACCUCUUUCGGAGGCUGCGGCCGGAGCAGAUGGUGGGGAGGAACAAUUACUUUAUUCAGGUGGACGACUCGCUGGCUUGGUCGUGGAGUAUUGGGUCGGAGGAUGAUACGGAGACGAGCUGGUCGACGGCGGAGAAGAAUAGGGCUAUUGACCACCAUUAUUUUAGGAGUGAGAGGCAGACGUUGAGGAGACUGCCGAAGACGGGGGCGGUGUGCUUUACGAUUAGGACGUACUUUGAGCCGAUCAAGGCGAUUGCUGAGGAGGAUUAUGUACCGGGAAGGCUGGCGAGUGCGGUGAGGAGUUGGGGGGAUGAUGUGGCCAAGUAUAAGGGGAAGGAGAGGUACGGAGAGGUGUUGUUGGAGUUUUUGGAUAAGAAGCAUCAGGAGCAGGUGGAACGGGGGCUAGAUCUGAGUAGAGAGGAUGAGUGCAGGGCGUAUCCGUUCUAGAAAGUGGUUGAUGUUCGGGUUGGUAUCUUGAUAGUGUGUGAAUUUACUUCUUUAUGUCCG